CUGGGUGCCCCGGUUCUCGCUCUGCCCCGGCUGCUCCGGGCUCUGCCCCGCCUCCCCCUGGCACUCCUCGGCUCUCCCCGGGUCAGCUCCGGGUUCUCACGGUCUGCUCGGGGAUGGCCCUGCGCUGCCCCGCGCUCCCGGCUCCCCGUGAUGCGGGGCUGGCCCCGAGUUCACACGGAGACGGUGCGCUCGCUGCCGCGUUCCCGGGGUUCAGGGCUGACCUGACCUCUCACUCCGGCCCCCUCUUGGAGUCGCCAGGCUGAGUGUGCGUGGCGGGGGCUGGCGAGCGGGUCCAGGCACGCUCCUCCGAGCACCGGCGCUGCGCCCUCGGCCUCCCUGACCGGAGCCUCUGUGUCCCGUCCCGCACCCCGGCACCCCGCCGAGCGCAGGGGAACCCUCCCCGGCCCCAGAGCCGUGACUCAGCGCUUCUGUGCGAGGCCGUAGCCGCGGACCGGGAGCACGCGGGUGUAGGGUGGGCUGUCUGCCUGAACUCAGAAUUCCGGGAGAGACCGGUGGGGACCGAAGGGCUGAACUCCAGUCAGCGUAACUUGGCUCGGCGUGUGGGCUGGCGAGAGCGCAGCACACAGAGGCUCUUGGGGCAUCGCUCCGAAUUAGCCUGUCACAGGAGCUGUAGUUGAUGGCGCUGAUGUCUGGGGACAGUUGGCGAAGUAACAGCCAGCGAGGGCCUUCAGGAGAGGCGGCCCAUGGCUGGGAAAAGGAAACCCAGCAGUUGUUUCUUGCGUAAUCCUUUUAAAGAGGGCUGAACAUUUUUCUGACCGGCAUGGACCCGUUCUACUUCCACGCCGUGAAUGUGGUCCUGCACUGCCUGGUGACCUUCGUGCUGAUGUACACCUGCGAGAAGACAGUCUUCAAGAGCCGCGGGCUGGCGUUCCUCACCGCCCUGCUCUUCGCGGUGCACCCUGUGCACACUGAGGCGGUGGCUGGCAUCGUGGGCAGAGCGGAUGUGCUGGCGUGCCUCCUGUUCCUGCUGGCUUUCCUCUCCUACCACAGGAGUCUGGAUUGGAGCUGCGAGGGCCCGGGCUCACCCGCCACGGCCUCGCCCUUCUUCCUGCUGCUCAGUCUGCUCCUGGGGACCUGUGCCAUGCUGGUGAAGGAGACGGGCGUCACCGUGUUCGGCGUGUGCCUGCUCUAUGACCUCUUCUCCCCUUCCCACAGGCAGGACGAGCUGAGCAAUGGGGUGACCUGUCAGCACAGCCUGGGGCGGCCCGGGAGCCCCCAGCCCGCCUCUCAGCAAGCCCACCCACACCGGGAGAGCAGAAAGCAGCGCGUCCCACCCAGAGACGCUUGGGGAGGCUGCCACUCACCGCUGCCAGCCACGCCCCGGGGCAGGGCGCUUCCUGUGUCCCCACGGGCGCUGUGGUCCUUGAUGAGGUGUCUGACAGGAAGCAACAGGAAUUUCCUGCUCACCCUGAGACCGUUUUUAAAACGGGCCAUUUUGGUCAUCAGUUAUGUGGCUGUCAUUUUGUAUUUCCGCCUGUGGAUAAUGGGAGGAACUAUGCCUCUCUUCUCAGAGCAGGACAAUCCCGCUUCCUUUUCACCCUACUUCCUCACGAGGUUCCUUACCUAUUCCUACCUCCUGGCCUUCAAUGUGUGGCUUCUGCUUGCACCUAUCACCCUGUGCUACGACUGGCAAGUGGGCAGCAUCCCUCUGGUGGAGACCAUCUGGGACGUGAGGAACCUGGCUACCGUCCUCCUGGCAGUGGCGAUGGCCUCGCUGAGCCUGCACUGUGUGGCGGCCUUCAAGAAGCUGGAGCACAAGGAAGUGUUGACUGGCUUGCUGUUCCUGGUGUUCCCGUUCAUUCCAGCCAGCAACCUCUUCUUCAGGGUGGGCUUCGUGGUGGCCGAGAGAGUCCUGUACAUGCCUAGCAUGGGCUACUGCAUUCUCUUCGUGCACGGACUGAGCAAGCUGUGCGCUGGGCUGAGCAGGUGCGGGGCCAGCUCCCUGAUGGCGUCCACCGUGCUGCUGCUGCUGCUCUUCUCCUGGAAAACUGUGAAGCAGAAUGAGAUCUGGCUGAGCAGAGAGUCCUUAUUCAGGUCUGGAGUUCAGACUCUGCCCCACAAUGCCAAGGUUCAUUACAACUACGCAAAUUUCCUGAAAGACCAAGGCCGGAACAAGGAGGCGAUCUACCACUACAGAACUGCCCUCAAGCUGUACCCACGCCACGCCAGUGCGCUGAACAACCUGGGGACCCUGACGAAGGACGUGGCCGAAGCGGAGGCGUACUACCAGAGGGCCCUGCAGCUGCACCCGCAGCACAACCGCGCGCUCUUCAAUCUGGGGAAUCUCCUGAAGUCCCAGGAGAAAACAGAAGAGGCCAUCAUGCUGCUGAGGGAGUCCAUUAAGUAUGGUCCAGACUUUGCUGACGCCUACUCCAGCUUGGCUUCCCUCCUGGCUGAGCAGGGCAGAUUUAAGGAGGCAGAGGACGUCUACCAGGCUGGGAUCAGGUACUGCCCGGACAGCUCAGACCUGCACAACAACUAUGCCGUGUUUUUGGUCGACGCUGGCUUCCCCGAGAAGGCCGUGGCUCACUACCAGCAGGCCAUCCAGCUGAGCCCGCGCCAUCACGUGGCCGUGGUGAACCUGGGCCGGCUCUACAGGUCCCUGGGGGAGAACAGCAAGGCGGAAGAGUGGUACAGACGCGCCCUGCAGGUGGCCCGCACGGCCGAGGUCCUGUCGCCCCUGGGCGCGCUCUAUUACAACACCGGCCGGCACGAGGAGGCUCUGGACGUGUACCGGGAAGCCGUCGCCCUGCAGCCUGCCCAGCGGGAGCUCCGCCUGGCCCUGGCGCAGGUCCUAGCCGUGGUGGGCCAGACCGGCGAAGCCGAGCAGAUAACCAGCCGCAUCGUGUCCGAGGAGCCGGGAUGCCUGGAAUGCUACCGCCUGCUGUCGGCAAUCCACAGCAGGCAGGAGCACCACGACAAGGCACUGGAAGCCAUUGACAAGGCUCUUCAGCUCAAGCCCAAGGACCCAAAGAUCAUAUCUGAGCUUUUCUUCACGAAAGGAAACCAGCUAAGGGAGCAGAACCUUCUGGAUAAAGCUUUCGAGAGCUACGAGGCGGCUGUGGCCCUGGACCCGGAGCAGGCGCAGGCGUGGAUGAACAUGGGAGGCAUUAGACACAUCCAGGGGAGCUAUGUGUCUGCAAGGGCCUACUAUGAGAGGGCCCUGGGCCUGGUUCCAGACAGCCAGCUGCUGAAGGAGAACCUAGCCAAGCUGGAUCGCCUGGAGAGAAGGUUGCAGGAAGUCCGGGAGCAGGACCACACGUAGUCAGGAAAGGCCGCAGGCUCGUGGGACUCCAGGCUGGAGGAGGACAGGUGGGGGCCUUGCUCACACACUGACUGCCAGCCAGGUGCUCCCCUCCUGCGGACACAGAGGGAGAUGGUUGCUGGUGACUGAUGAAGGGACACGCAGCAAAGGAGAGCCGACAUCUGCCGGGAAGAGAAGGGGAAAGUGCCGCUCUACCGGCUCCGCUGCAUGGCUCCCUCCAGAGGACGAGCAGCCUCGGCAGCACAGAUAGUGAACCGUGUUCUUACUGUAGCAGAAACACAGAGGCAUGGAGUCCUCGGAGCUGCUCCUCUGGGAGGCUGUCUCCUCUGGAUGAGCCCUGGGGAAGAGUCAGCCCGAGCUCAGCUGGUCCCCAGGAGCCCAGGACUGUUGGGAGAUCCCGUGGUGUGCACGGGAGCCGAGCACUGACGCCUGGGCUUGCCCUAAUGUCUCCAAGAGCAUCGCUAAGCAGAAGUUUGUUGAAUCCCGCCCUGGUGUAAGUGUUUCCAGUGCCUAAAACACAAAGAUGGGUCUCCUAGGGGUCUCUGUGGCUAACGUCUCUACAGGAAAGUCAAAGCUCGGCAUCCUAAGUUCUUCAUGGAAAUGUUUUACAUGCUUGUAUCCCAAGCUUCACAAGAGCCGUGUCUCCACUCCAAAACCGUGUGUGUGUGAGCUUAGCCGGGCAGCUGGGACCCUGACGUGUGCUGCUGGCGUGGCGCAGCAGGGUACGGCUGCACACAAGUGUUAGAGUUCUUCUUUAUUCUCCUAAGGUCAAGACUUGCGAGAUUUAUUAUUUUUGAAAGGUAAACCUGAGCACUGAGGAAUCUCCACUACUGUGACACAAUUCCUCACAGACUGAGUCGAGGGAAGACAGCUCUGCUUACUGACUUUUGAGGGUCGGUGAGAAUUCUGUAUUUGAAACACAGUGGCUUUCUGCCUAGUAAAUUUGGAGAGUGUGGAGAGUACUCUAAAACCUUACGGUAAAGUCUGAAUUCAUAAUUUUUUAAAAAUAUGUUUAUAUUUAAAAAUAAGGAAGGCAAGGUUGAAAUCACAAUUAGAAUUAUUUUAGUGUUAUUUAUUAUAUAACUUAUAAAAUAUUUAAUAUAUACAUCCACAUUUCUUGCCUUUUUUUCUCUGUACCUAGUCAUUUUGAUAGCAUCUCUCAAAACCAAGCAUAUGAAAAUUGCAAAAUAGGAAAGCUUUAACACUCUCCCCAGGCCAUACUGGUUAUUUGCCACGAAGGCUGGUAGAACGAGGGGCCACAGCUCAGUCUUGGGGAGUGCAGGAGGUGGAAGGGCUCACCCCAGGGAACAGAACGCCGCAGCCACGAGGCCCUGACGCUGAGCCAGAUGUCACUCAGACCGCUGGAAAGCCAAAGCCCCUCACCAUGCAGCCAGCCCUUCGCUUCCUGCACCCAGCAUCAGGAGGCAGUGCCUGUGUGUGCUAUUUCUGUAGCAGGUAAGCUGAAAUAAGCAGCCGAACACUCCUCUGAAAAGGCUUGCGAGGGAGUUUGGUCCAGCCACACCUCUUCUUUGGGGCAGCUCCUCACCUGCUGUGUGUAUUUGUCUGUCAGCAUUACGCGUCAUAACUUGAUCCAGAACCUUAUUUUCAGCUAAGACAUAAAUCCAAAGGUCAAACAAUGUGCUGUAAUGUUUAUUAUAAAACAGUCCCUGGUCUCGACAUUGGAAGUAGGGAUCCUUGGUAAAAGUGACUUCUUAGCAGCGCUUGUUAGAACAGAGCUACCAGAUGGUGCAUUAGAAGCUGGUGGGGCAGCUUGAACUGCAGUGUUUGACAUGACCUUGCCUUAUUUAAAGUGCUACCAGAGUCUCAGUGUGAGCUUGUUGGGUAAUUACAAGGCAAUGACAGCGUGAGCACUUCUGAAGAGAAAAGGCCCCCUGGCGUCUGGGAGGCUGCUGCCUCUGGGCAUCUCUUCUUCCUCAUUCAUCUGCCAAAACAUUAAAAAUAAGCACUACUCAAAAAGAAAGCAAAGUCAGCGUGCUUUGUUGGCUUGGAUAUUUGGGACCCUUCUUGAAAUGAGCCAGUGAGCUAGGUUCCAUGGCUGGAAUGUUGCCUGUGAGAAAGUCGAUGUUGAGUGCAUCUUGUAACACGCUGUGUGGUCUUUGUAAUGUGGAAUAGCAAGUGGGAGUCUUUCUUACUCCCCAGAAGCGGAGAGCUUGGCUUGUCAUGAGGCACUGUCCAGGGUGGCUGGACAGAGCUUCUGAAGCCUGAGCUGGCGGCCCUCCUCCUCCUCCUCCUUACUGCUCCCAGAGACUUACAGCAGGAAGCGCUCCCCCACUGAGCCCUAGCCACAGCUAAAACUUUCUUUUAACCCAGCCCGGUGGCUCAGAAUUCUGAACACGCCCUGCCUGGGUAGGAAGAAGGAGGCAAAGAGCGAAUCAGGAUUUGUUUGCCUGGGCCGAGCCCCCAGCAUGGCGUUCCUGAAAUGUUUUCCUCUCACAUGCAUGUUGUGUCCCCCUCACCAUCUCUGUCUCAGGCCUGCCCUCCAUCUUACCUAAAGCCAGUCCCUGUCAUGAAACCUUCCCACGGCAGUCCGGUCCUGUGCUUUGACAUAGGUUACAGGAAUGCUUUGGUGGCUUAUUUUAAAUGUGGGGAUUAUUUAGUCCGGACUUUUCAAAGUGAUUCAAAUGUUUCAGGUUCCUGAUGCCAUUUAUAAAACCUGGUUUGCUGGUGGAACGCAGGUGAAUGAACCAAAAGUCCAGAGACCAUGGGAGUGGAUGCUCUGUGGGGCCGGGGGCCUUUUUGUUUGUGUGGUUCUGGGUCAGAACCUCAGGCCCGCAGGCGAGCCCUCUGUCACUGGCUGCCGAAGUCAUCUGAGCCCUGGGUUAGGUUCUUUUGAAAAUCAUAAAGACGCUCCUGGUCUGCAUUAGGAUUCGGGUUUUCUUCUGAAGUCUACAGUGGAAUUGCACAGGCCUUUGCAGCUUUUAGCCAAGACUAAAUAAAAUUCCAAACCACACCGUAGAAGCCUGAGGUGGCUGAACUGAGGGAGGAGAGAAAGCAAACGUCACAUUUCCUGUGACUGUUAGCAGACAGCAACGUGGCUGGUAGGAGGCCUCCCGGGCCUAGCUGCCCUGGGAGAUCAGCCGGGCCCUUUCAGACUCCCUGAAACAGUGCUCCAGUGCCAGCAAAGUGUGCGGAGCUGACUACGUUUAUCAAGGAGAUGUGGGUAAUACCACAAAAUGCUUUUGCCUCGAUACUGAACUAAAAUGAGCCAAAGAAUUGUAAAGAUUGAGUUAUUGCGCUGUGGGUUUGGUCAGGGCCGUUCUUUCUGGACUGGCCGGCAGGUGGCUGAGCGGGGUGGCUUUCUGCUUGUGCCACUGGACUAUAACGUGUCCUUCUGUUUAGAAAAUGCUUGGCUGUCAGAUGGAGAGGCGCUGUCUCGCCAUGUGCAUGUGCCAGGCAGGGUGCCAAGGAUAACAAAAAAACCAACAAAACCUGACUCCUUUGGACUCACAGAAGGUGUCCAUGACAGGCACGGGUUUGCUCUGCCUGGUAUGCAGACAAUGGGCUUUGUUAUUUUGUUCUUGAUUGCACUUAUUAAAACCUGUUUUUUAUGAGCUAGGCACAGUGGUGCAUGCCUUUGAUCCCGGUACUUGGGAGGCAGGGGCAGGUGGAUCUCUGAGUUCAAGGCCAGACUGGUCUGCAGAGUGAGUUCUAAGAUAGCCAGGGCUACACAGAGCUGUCUCAGAAAAAAAAACAACCAACCAACCAACCAAAACUUGUCUUUAAAACAAUCACAGGCAAAUGCCUUUCUGUGGUGCGUCUGCCCAGGAGAAUAGGAAGAUGAGUUAUGACCGAAGGCGCAUAGCCUUGGGGGGCAUUUUUGUUUUCUCGUUGUCAGGCCACACUUUUGACUGUAGAUUGGUAUUGCCCAAUACCACAGAACCUGAGUCCACGCUGCAGCUGUGUAAGCUAAGAAUUCAGAACCAAACAGCACUGUCGGAAACAGUGAUUCCUGUCUGAGUUUUCAACACAAGGCAUGUUGUGUAGUUCUGCAAACACUUCUGGCAUACGUGUUUUUGUGAGCUCUGUUCUGAGAGAGCAGGUAAAGAAAUCAUAGUACAAACCGAGGCUUCAUACUGAAGCAGGACCAUGUGGGGGAGGGGGUAAGACACCUGGAGCCACCGGAGGGUUUCUGCUGAAAUAUGCACAUUUACUCACCCGGACUCCCCUGACUAAAGGCCUCAGGGCACGGAACUCUAAGAACAAGCAGCUAGCACCCAGGGCACCGCCCUGGGCUGACUGUGAGUGGAGUCAGCAGUCAUUCCCACCAGGAAACGCGAGCAGAGGCCAGGGACACGGUGGAUGGCCAUCGUGAGCAGAGGCCAGGGACGCGGUGGAUGGCCAUCGUGAGCGCGUGUCGCUGAUGUGCACUUUCUUUAGUUAGUUGUCGCUGCCAUGGGGACGCACUAGCUCCAGGUCAGCGCUUCAGAGUUCUGGUCCUACUAUCACUCUACGCAGUCACCCGCUGGGCAUUGUGGAGAUAGUAACAGUGACCCAGGCAGUCUUAGUGAUGAGCACCCCAGCCACAGAGCACGUGACAGGCCACCCUGAAAUGGUGGUUGCCCAGCCGUGUCCCAGGACGAAGCAGGUUACAGUCCGUGGGCUUAAAGUUCUCGUGGCGGCCCUGUCACCACCCGGGUGAAAGGAAGGAGCAUUUUCCUCCUGGGGACUGAGGUGCCUGUUUCGGCCGUGUGGAAGCUGCUGUCUGCUGUCAGGGCGGAGUUCUUUGAUCCUACUGCUCAACAUUCCUGUUUUGGCUGAUCAUAUAUAAAUGUACACCUGCAUUAUUUUUACUAUGCUGCUUAAAACAUUUCUCCGUUUAAGUCUGACUGUAUACUUUGCCUGAGUCUUUCAAAAAUAAAAUUUAUGUAAAUGUCUAUUUUAUAUAAAACAUGGUAAAAUAAGAA